UCCAAUAAAUAUUAACAAUAAAAUUAAAAAGGAAUUAAAGUAAGCAGAGAAGAAGUGAGAAGAGAAGGGGAAUGAAGAAUGGAAUUGAAAUGGCAAUUCUCUUUGGUACUGCUGUUGGCAACAUCCUUUCACCUUCAACUACACUACGUUUCAGGUAAAGAUAAUGGAGUUUGUAUUUCACCUGGUGGUCGCUUUCCAAGAUUUUUAAAUGAAGGAAAACCUCCAAGAAAAGUAAAAAAGGGCCCAAGAGAUUUGAACCUCUGUAGGGUAUUUCGCGGGAAAACUUGCUGUGAUGUAACACAGACACAUCCUGCUUUUAUGUCCGUUAGGAGGCUUGCUUCAACUGGAGAAGCGAGCCAGGAGUGCUUGCACUUAUGGGAGAUGUUAGAAUGUUCAAUCUGUGAUCCGCGUGUUGGUGUGCAGGCUGGACCACCUGUUUUAUGCACCUCUUUCUGUGACAAAGUAUACCAAGCUUGCUCCAACGCAUACUUCUCCAUUGAUGCUAAGACACAGGUUUUAGCACCCUGUGCUGUAAACGACUUUGUGUGUGGUAGAGCGUCCGAAUGGAUCUCUAAUGGGACAGAGCUCUGCCUCGUUGCAGGUUUUUCGGUGAAGUCUUUGUCUGAUGAUCCAGAAGAAGUUUCUUGCUAUGGUGGAAAAUCUAGUGUGGAUUAUAUUGCCGAUUCAUGGCAAACUUCACGAUCCAAGGUGCAAGAGAAAGCUGACAGUUCUGGAUUAGUGGAAGAUUUCAAGCAAUGGCUGGAGGACAUGACAUUUAAAGAGAGAAUAUCUUGGGCUGUAGGAGGCAUGGUUCUUACAGCAGGACUUCUAUUUACCAGUCAAAGGAAAAGCCAUAGGCAAAGCCAGAAACUAGCGGCCCUCCAACGUACUGCUAAGAAAUUAGAAGGAAUGGGGAGUCCAAGAUCUCCUACAACUUUAGGAAGCCUAAAGGGAAGUUAAAGAUGAUAACUAACUCCUUACUAAAAGGAGGAAUUUCAGCUUGUUAUUAUACUCCUUGAUGAAAUUAGCAAUGAAUACAGAUUUCAAUUGUUCUUGUACUUCCAAGUGUAAACCAGUGAAGAAAAUUUUUGGUGCAACUCGGAUGUCCCUGCCUCUCUCUCUACCUCUUAUAUCUUGUUGCAUAUGGUGCUCUUCUCAGAAACCAUAUUGGUCUUGAGUCUUGAUUUUAAAGGCAAGUUUGAUAACACGGAAACCGCUGGAAUGUAUAAGCCAUUCCAAUUGCCUUGUGAUAGCAUCAAGUGGGUUCUCUGUUGAAAGUUCAGGCAUGAGUCCGAUUACAGAAAAUGAUCAGUUGAAGUGCUUGAAUUUAUACUUGGUUCUUUUAAGUGAUGGUAUAACCACAUCAUUUUACGCAGAUUUAGGGAUUGUUAAUGGAUGAUUUCUGUUAAUUACCAAAACACUAUCAGCUUUUAAUUAAGAAUGAGCGGUUAAAUUUUGA